AAGAAACUCACAUUUUCAUAAUAUCCGAAAUUCUGUGUACAAAUUCCCACCUGAUCAACAACUGGUGGUUUUAUUUUGUCUGUAUAUAUUGAUAAGGCAAAAAUCAAGAAUAGGAAGAAGAGGGAGAGUAUGAAGAUCGAGGAUAGGAGGUAGUGGCGUUAUGGUGGGUUUCUGGCACAGAUUGGGGACCAAAGGCAAAGCCUUAUACUCAGCGACGCUCUCACCGCCAUUUUCAAGCCCUCUCAAUCUCCCUCACAUUUGGGUUCCCACCCAAACCCCCCAUCGUCCCCUCUCAUCUGGGUUUCACCCUGUGAAAACAGGAGCUACAGGGCAGACUCAGAGUGCUGCUGAAAUAAUGAGCGGAAAGCCAAUUGCAAAAGACAUAAAAUUGAGAGUAGCUGCUGAAAUAAGCAGAAUGAAAGCUGCCAUUGGAAGACUUCCUGGGUUGGCUAUGGUUUUGGUGGGCUACAGAGAGGACUCACACGCUUAUGUCCAUAUCAAGUUAAAAGCUUGUAAUGAAGUUGGGAUUGAAACUUCCAUUGUACAACUGCCCCAAGAUUGUACUCAAGAUCGACUUAUUGAUGUUGUUUCAAGUUUUAACAGCAACCCAUCUGUGCACGGUAUAAUUGUUCAACUUCCUCUGCCACAGCAUUUGGAUGAGGAAACGAUUAUAAAUUUCGUGAGUCCGGAAAAAGAUGUGGAUGGCUUUCAUCCCCUCAAUAUGGGGAAUCUUGCAUUGCGGGGAAGGGAGCCGUUAUUCAUCCCUUGUGCCCCUAAGGCUUGCAUUGAGUUGUUGCUCAGGUAUCGUGUGGAGAUCAUUGGGAAGAAUGCAGUGGUAAUAGGGAGAAGCAAGAUUGCUGGGUUAUCCACUUCUUUGCUCUUGCAGAGGCACCACGCGACGGUUAGCACUCUCCAUUCGUUCACCAACAACCCAGAACAAAUUAUUCGUCGAGCUGAUAUUGUUGUAUCAGAUGUUGGCAUUCCAAAUAUAGUCAGAUGCGAUUGGCUGAUGCCAGGGGCAGUUGUAGUCGACAUGGGGACAAAUUCAGUUAAGAAAAGUACUUUUGAAGGCCUGAUGGUGGACUGAAUCAAUAUCCAUCUAGAGUAGACAUUAAUCUCUAAAGCAAGUCUAAAUUCCAAAGAGUGUAAGAGUUUACUCAUCCACCUAUUUAGAUGAAGUUUCAUAUAAGUUCUUUAGUUGUAUCAUUGCAUUAGGGGUUGGAGCUAGGACUAUAUCCUUAAUUAUGCCUUACCUUCUAACCAUUAGUUGUCACUAUUACUAUAUUACCUAACUGUCACUAGUUACUGUAUUGUUGAACAUCCAUUAAUAUGUGAAUCAACCAGAACUGCAUGAGUGGUAUAGAAAACUGCGGACAUAACUUGGUUUGAGAAAAUUUAUCCUUUACAUCUAGACCUCUAACUUACAAGAGUUUUGUUCCUUCAGUGGUUGUCUUUGAUAAAUUGUAAAAAUGCUUGUUAUUUUUAUUUUGAUAUGGGGAAAUGAUAGUGUCAUUAAAACAAAGUGACUUUGCGUGGCCAUAGGAGUAUAUUACUAUUAGUAAGUGUAUUCUGGGUCUUUUUGUUUUUGAUAGGGUUUUAAUGGAUGGUCAUGAUUAGU